CUUGACUGUUUUAAAAAUUUAAAUGACAGUUAAUAACGCAGUUUAAUAAGAUACAUUUAGUUUCAUUUAUAUCUAGCCACAAAAUGGCUUCCAACACAGGAGGUGGUAUGAACUGUACCUCUAAGCUGAUCUUAUUGAUUGCGGCCUUGUUUGGAGUGGGACUGGUUGUGUUAGUACACAAAGCAGACGAAAUAGAUCGAGACAGACAACGACAAAGAGAAGGAAACUCAUCUGAAGGCAAUGUUACCAACAAUAUUGGGAAUGGCGAUCAAGUGUUCUGCACAGAAAAAGGGUGCGGAGUGGUGGGGUACAAAAGAGAGUCCCACGUGCACAUCAAGGGACAUCUUGAGUGGUGUGAUAACAACGAAGCAUCUGGAGCUGAUUGGCUAGAAAGGAUAGAGAUGUGGGAUUCUGACAAUUUCCUGCACGGAGGUGACGACUACAUGGGGAAGUGUGAAGCAGAUGUCUUCAACCAUCUCAACUGCCACUAUGUCGGUCCAGUUCUUCUGGAGGGAUCCAGCUACACCAACCCACCUGAUAUCUACUUCAAGUUCUACCCCAUUCGUCAUGUUUGCCAACGGGCAGGAGCGGAAUCUGGAUGUUUCUUCUCCACGAAUGAUUACAUAAUCACUCCCGAUUUCGAAGACGCCAAAAAUUGUCAUGUGCCAUCUUCAUUAGGAAUCAUAUUAACCGACAAGACACGUCUGGACAGUCUGGAACCCUUCCCCCAUUACUUUGAACUGGAUGCUACCAGGAACUGGGUAGUCUGGAAAUGCUACGUGGUGCUACUUUUGAAAGAACGAUUCCCUGAAUUCUGUUGAUGCCGGUUUUCUAGCAAAAUGAAGUACUGAAAACAUUUUGUAUUUCAGAACUCAAAUCCUAAUGACUAGUUCUUUUUUAACUG